AUGAUAGAUAUCAGAAGCUUAUCUGGAUUCUCAGACAAUGCUUUGAGCUUCUCCAUUCGUAAGCUUUUGAUAGGAGGAGAAAAUACUGAUUGUAUAGUUGAUCCAACGAUAUGUCGUGAUGGUACAUAUUGCUUGAAAGGCUUCUGUGUAUGUCCUACUGGUCACAUUUGCGCUUCAACGCAAAUAAGUGCCCAUCAACUAAAAUAUAGUAAAGAUUACGUUCCCCUUGAACACGUACAGAUGGUGAAUGCUGGUGGACCUUGCGAUGAAAAUAACAUAAGAAUACAAUGCUCAGGUAACUCAAUAUGUGCGAGUGGUUUUUGCACUUGUCUAAGCGGAGAACGAAUUAUCGAUGGUAUCUGCACUUCCAUCAAUUCACAAGGAGCACCGGGCGAAGUCUGUGAAGUGAGCUAUACGAAAUGUACAGGCGGUUCAACAUGCAUCGACAAUUAUUGCAAAUGCAUUUCAAAUCAGACGAUCUUUGGACAGCAAUAACCUUCAG